AUGAGAAGCGCAAUGGCAAUUUCGCUCCCAGAAAGCUUCUCGCAAAUCCCCCGCCAUGCAAUUCUCUACCAAACCCCAUCCCCAAUCCACCCUCUACCCACAUUAUCAAUAUCAACCCCAAAAACAUCCCCCCGCAUAUCCCUCUUCGCCAAACGCGACGAUCACUCCUCCCCACUAGCAUGCGCAGGAAACAAAUACCGCAAAUUAGAAUACAUAGUCCCCGAUAUCCUCUCCAACAACCCCAUCCACCACGCCCACGAGAACAACCCAAACCCAAGCCCCCCCCUCGCAGGCCCAGCAACAACGCUCGUAACAGAGGGCGCAAUCCAAAGCAACCACACAGUACAAGUCGCAGCCCUAGCACGGAAACUGGGUCUCAGAGCCGUGGUUCUCUUACACCGUGGUACGGGCGGUGGAUUGCGCGCUGCUGCUGAUAAAGAGGCUUAUCUGCGCUCGGGAAACGUACAGAUCAAUCAUCUUCUCGGGGCUGACGUGCGGGUGUGUGAGAGCGGGGACGCGCUGGCGCGUGAUGCGACACCGUUGCUAGAGGAGUUAAUGGCUGACGGGGAGAGACCGUAUUGGAUUCCUGGGGGUGCGAGUUUGCAUCCGCUCGGAGGAUUGGGAUAUGCGCGAGCGGCAUUUGAGAUUGCAUUGCAAGAGCAAGAGAUAGAGCUUUCUGGAAGCGGCAGGUUUGAUUAUGUUUUUGUUGCUUGUGGGAGUGGGAGUACGGUUGGGGGGUUGGUUGCUGGGUUUCACUUGUUGGAGAAGAUGGGAGGGGGCUCACGGAGAGUUAUUGGGGUUUUGAAUUCACCAACGAUGCCGAGGAAGUAUCAUGAGGAGAGGGUGCUGGCUUUUGCUCGGAAAGCUGGGAGGAUGAUCGGGGUUGCGGAGGGAGAUAUUGGGAUGGAUGAGGUGCGGCUUGAUGAUCGGUUUGUUGGGAGUGGGUAUGGUAUUCUUGAUGCCGAUGCGAAGGAAGCGUUGGAGUCCAUGGCUAGGACAGAAGGCAUGAUACUGGACCCAGUGUAUACGGCCAAGGUUGCGAGGGGAAUGAUGCAUUGGGCCAAAGAAAGAGAGGUUGUGAAUAUGGAACAGCCCUCGGAUGAAGUGAAUGUUUUGUUCAUUCAUACCGGUGGGCAAACUGCUUUGGGAGCCUAUGCAGAUAUCAAAUAA